UGACGUGUGUUGUUUAGUAAGCUAGUAGUAACGCAACACGGGUUAGUUAGCAUUUACGAUCAAAGCUCGCAAGCUAACGUUAACUAGCUAUAUAGCUAUUUGUCUCUGAUGAGAAACGCUGACGGUAAUUGAGUUGGAUAUAUCUUAGGAAGCUGAAUUGCCAUGCUAAUUAAGGCGUGUCUGUAGGCUGCAUGCCAGCAUUUAUCGUUAUAGGUCUGUAGACCUACGGUGUGGUGAGCUGACGAGCUAUGAAUCUAAUUGGUCUUUGAAUGGAGAAACGUCAUGCCCCAUAGUGGGUCAUGCAAUCCUCGUCAGGUUGUCACGUAGCUUCACGCGGUGCUAAACUAUUAGUUAAAUUUUAGAAACUUCACUUUUUCUUUAAAAAAACAAAAACAAAUGUAUGAAAUGUCAAAGACGUACAGUUCUGGAGACCCCACAACAAAGAAUUUACAGGCUGGUGUAGAGUAUAUAAGAAUAAGGAUUUCAGGCGACAUGAAAUAGUGGAAAAAGAGCAAAGUGUAAGCAUGAAGAUACAAAAAGGAGAAAAGAGAACACCAAGGCUUCCAUUUGUCUACAAAAGAGAGGAAAAGAAAAGGGUGUAUUGGGCAAAGACAAGCAGGAAAUCUCAAGUUGUUCUUCCAAGCAUUUUAAAGAGAAUAAAGGUCAAGCUGAAGGUCAAAGGUGAAGCAUGUUAAAGGUAACAAGUGUAACUUUUUUCACAUUUGAGGAUGUGCGCGAUGCAGAGGAUGCCCUACACGACCUGGACCGGAAGUGGGUGUGCGGUCGACAGAUUGAGAUCCAGUUUGCACAAGGAGACAGAAAAACCCCCAACCAGAUGAAGAUGAAAGAACGAUCCCCUCGGAGCGGAUCCCACAGCGGCUCUUUCUCCCACUAUGAUGACUACGGGCGUAGCGAUGGCCGACGACGGCGUUCUCGCAGUCGCAGCUACGAAAGGCGCCGCUCGCGCAGCCCUUCCUACGACCGCCGUCCUCGGAGGUCCGAAAGCCCAAGAGAUUGUCGUUCUUACGGGAGACACAGGCGAAGCCGAAGCCACGAGAAUGACCGGUACAGGGGCCCUCCACGUGAACACCAGAGGAUGCAACAGGGGCCCCCAUCUCAUAAUCGCUCCACCUCCCGCUCCCCCUCUCCUCCCAGAUACAGGCCCAAGGUCAGGAAGUCCCCGUCAAAAUCCCCCAGCCCCGUCCAGGACUUCCACCCUUCUUCCGUCUCUCAGAAGGACCGUGGACGCUCCCGCUCCUACUCCAGAUCCAUGUCCCGUUCACGCUCUCGUUCCAGGUCCUGGGCGGGCCGCAAGUCUGGGGGGCACUAGGACCACCCACCGUCACACCCUGUUAGUUUGUCCCUGAACAUGUUUUGACAGCAUUUACUUUUGCCAGCCAGUCAGUGUUUAGUUAUACACUCCCCUUUAUUGUGUAAGUUUAGGUAUGCCUUUGGGAUGAUGCCAAUUGGAACAGGGGAGCUAGUUUUUCCUGCAGACGAGGUCACUAUGCUUUGAGUUUCAUUUCAUUAAUCUCCUUUUAGAGAACAUUGUCUUGGCAGUUUAAUAUAGCUUCCAGUCAGCAGAUAACUUAAUGGCCAGUUACCAAGUAUUUGGUUCAAAUCCCAGAGCUGGGGAGGUUAAACAACUGUUCUGCCCUUGAGGAACUGUAAUUGUUCCUGUUAGUCACUCUGGUUAAGAGCAAUAACUAAAAUGUUAAUGCUAAGCUCAGCCCGUUUAAAUUGGUCAGUUGUAUAAAAUGGCUCUCAAGUUUAUUGGUUCAUUUGGACUAAGAAAAUUAUUUGAAGAGAGAAAAAGUUCAAUCCAGAGAUAUCAGGGAUGUCCCAGAUAUUACUCUGGCUAUCUUCUAAUUUACUAAUUAUUUCUGUCAUCUAGAUAAUUUCCUGUGUUAUUGAUACUUUUUUUCAGUAUUAAACACUUGUCCAGCAUUGUCUUCACACUUAAGAUGUAA